CUUGUUCAUUGAAUGAAAGCAUACAUUUAACAAUAUAUAGUGCUGCUGACUUGACAACGGGACGCAGUGCAAUAGACAGCAAUCGACAGACAGCAUGUUUCAGGAUGUAGAUUUUGUGGAGGCUGCUAACGAGCUUCAGCGCCCGAAUAUUAAUGAAGAGGGUUACGAAUUCUUCACCGAAUCGUCACACGAUGGUUGUGAGGCGAAGAUUUAUCGACAGUACAACGAGACAUCAGGUCUUUACAAAUACAAAGUGUACGGUACAUUAGCUGAUGUGUCUCCAGAAGUCUGUGCCGAGGUAUACAUGGACUUAGAGUACCGGCGUCAGUGGGAUACUUAUGUUAAUGAAUUGUAUGAGAAAGAAGAUGCUGAUAAAAAGCUUAUUUAUUGGAAUGUGAACUUCCCCUUCCCAAUGUCUAACAGGGACUAUAUCUAUCUGCGGGAGCUACGAGAAAUGGAAAGUUUUGAGGGGAACAAAAUCUGGGCUGUAAUGGCCAAAAGUGUGCCAUGUGCCAGUGUUCCUGAGAAGAAGGGUGUGAUACGGGUAGAUGAUUAUCUUCAGAGCUGUGUUCUAAUGACUGAUGGAAAAGUUGGUUCUAAAGCAUUUAUGAAGUACUACGACAAUCCAAAGGGUAUGAUACCAACUUGGUUGAUUAAUUGGGGAGCUAAGACUGGAGUUCCAGCAUUCCUUACCAUGAUGCAAAAGGCAUGCAGAGGCUACCCACAAUACCUAGCUAACAAACGACAACAAACCAGCUGAUGUAGGCUGUUGUGUACACAAUUAAAGACAUUUAAUUUUAUUGGUACAUAUUAAUAGAUCCAUUUAUUUGAAGUCUACUAUCUUGAACACUACACAUACAGGAUGUGUUAUAUGCCAUGAUGUUUUGUUUUUAUUUAUUACUACAAGUAUUUUUCAGAGACAUUUACAGAUUUCUCUUGUUAUGAAGGCAGAAACAGUCAUUGUGGAUUAGCAUACCUCAUUAAGUGAAAUACUCCUCCAGAUCAUGAUGUUGAUUAAUAUUGGCAGCCAUAACAUCAUUCUUUAGAAUCUGUGUUAACUUAGAGAUGUCAGAUCUUCUAGUAUUGAGAGUUGAUAAGUGACUGAAGCUUAAUUCUUGUACAUGGCUAGAUGAGUUAGUGUGGAUACAAUGAUGCCAUUAAUAAUCUUC